CCUUUUGUUCCUGUGUGCUUCUUGUCGACGCUGGCGGCGGGCCCAGCUUUGACUAGCUGAGGCAUCGAAGACAAUGAAGACCCAUUCUUUGCCCUGUGUGCUUCUGUUCUCUUUGCAACACCUCUUCCGAAAUGUCUUCGCCCUCAAUUUGACCCGGGCCACGUACAACAACGACAACAAGACUUGGUCCGUCACUGUGCCAGCGCAGUGGGACUAUACAACCAUUCUCGAAGCCACUGGAAAUGGCACCAUCAUCGACAAACCAGGAGAUUUUCUUGAAACUUACAGCUUGCCCUACCCAGGCUUUGUGAAUACCGAGUCGACUGUCUUGAACGGCUCAAGCAGCCGCUAUGCUCCGCUCAUCUAUGUGAACGGAACGUUCAGUACGUAUGCCACCAAUGCGGUCAACUACGGACUCCAACGCGAUCUGAACACGUCCGUAGCGCCGUACUCGGACGAGGACUGGACAAUUCCUGUAACAUGUGAGUUGCCUAUCAGUCGGAACUAUUCAUUUCUGAACCGGGUGCUGUACUAUGCCCUGCUUGUGUUCGCGUUGAUAGCUCCCCGUCAUAAAUGGCUUGUGUUUGGAGCGCUGGCUAGUGCAACGAUUUAUUCAGGAUGUGCUGCUGUCCAGGCCAUAGCACAGUUCAUUGUCGUCAACAUCCAGAGCCCUCACAGUAAUGCAGGAGACAACGACAACGAAGCCAUAAUGAGCAUUUUAGCAGCCGGCCUGCUGAUGACGUUGCCUCUCCUCAAUUGGUCUCGCACAUUGUCGCGCGUCCAUGGCCGCCCCAUCCUUAUAUACUGGGCUCUUAUCAUCUUAGUCGGUUACGUCCUGGUCAUCGUCGGCGACAAGGAGACGCAAUAUUCCGACGGGUGGACCCGCACGUAUGGCAGCAUCAUGACGUGCAACACGAGGGAGCAAAUCCCCGCGUUUGCUAACCUGGGCUUUAUCGACCAGCACUUCAUUACGCGAUAUAACUGUGACACCCCCUGCUACAACCCGAAGCAGCAGAAUCCCUUGAGAGAUGCGGGCUUGGCCAUCGCCAGAGUGAGCUGCGAUCAGUUCACGUGGACGGACCUUGGGGGAACCCACUUUUCAUGUUUCACGCAGUGCCCCAGAUCCAUUUCGGACACUUGCUUCGUCGAGCACGUAGGAUGGACGAGGCAGAAGUUCACACUGAACAACGUCGGUUACUACGGCGUGUUACCGGUCGCGGCAUUCGAGCUCUUCUUCGUGAUCUGCUUUGGCCGCCAGUCGCCCGGAGAGAUUAGGGAUGCCAUAUUCAAAUUUUUCGUGAGCAGGACAAUGCUGGGAGACUUUCGGGCAAUGACUCCCGAAAAGAGACGGUGGAAGCCCAACGACUUUCGCGUCUGGGCCGCGCAAGCUGUCGGUCUUGCGUUUUACUUUUUCGCGGCCUUCGUCUACCUCGCGUGCCUCCCCUCCUUUGUCUUCAGCAUCAUAUGGCAGGAGAGGCUGCUUCGCUUAAUCCCCGACGCGGCCACAUACAACGACGUAAGCCAGUGGCUGCCGUGGGCCGGCGUUGUGCUCGUGUUCGGAGCGGCUGCCGUGGCCAAGUUGCAACUUUCGCACCUUUCUUUCGGACGCAAGGAAGGACGUUUGAAACCCGCCACGAAGGCGAAGCGUCCGGGAGGCAAUUUCGCGUGUCGGCUCCGACGAAAGGUGUGGCGGAUGCGGUCGCGGAUCCAGCUCGAGUUUCACAAUCUGAGGGACUUCAUCGCCCAGCCGUUCUUCCUCGUACUGGACGAAUCGCGGGCGGUCACGAGAGACCAUCCUACCGUCAAAUAUAUCUUUACAGGAAGCUUGCCUUACCCGCCGGACGAGGAGAGGAACACCAAGGAUCACUACAAGGGCCCGUGGAUCAAGGGCGAUGCGUGGAGGAGCUUCCCUGUCGAGUUCCAGGUCGAGGCCGACGAUCGCACCCUCAGGUCCUGGGAGAGAUACCAAAGCCAGGCGUGGAGCGACGACGAGCACAUUGUUUACAGCGUCACGCUUCCCCGCGUGCCGAAGCGCCCCCCUCGCAGCACGGUGAUCGCCGCCUCCAGCGUCAGCCACGUGCGGGAAGAAGUGACGCCGCGCAGCGACGACGCAUCGAGCAAAGGCCCCGACGUGCGUGGAGCGUUCGUCCCGGACGCCGCCGACCCAUCCACGGUCGCGUAUCGCCUCACCCCCGCGAGGACCUCAUGCUGCACAGAGCUGUCCUUUCGAGGCUCGGAACCGGUCUCGCUGCGGAGGACGGACACGCUGGAGAGUGCGCCUUCGCUCGCGCGUGAGAGCUGCUCCCGGACGCCGGAGCCGUCGGCGGUCCCGCGGCAUUAUACGCCUACGCCUGGCGCAACCGGCGGGCCUCUUCAUUCGCAUCAUGUCAGCCCGCAACGCGGAUUCCAAAGCUCUCCGCUGGCGAAUCAUCAGGAGACGCACACGGCGAUCGACGAGCAGGAGCCACAUGCUCUUUGA